AUGUUCCGCCUACCAAAAUCACCAAGGGCUCAAACGAAUGCUGUGAGUGACAUCAUAGUUCACUGCUCCCUGGCUCAAGACAAAAAGGCACUCCUCCCAGCUCUGCGAAACCAAACACCUUACACAUUUGAGGGUGCCGACCUGUCCUUCUACCAAGACCUAUCGCGGUCCACAUUGCAAUGGCGCAAAAUGCUCCUCCCAACUAUGAGCCAACUGAGAAAUGGAGGAGUUACAUACCAAUGGACUACUCCAAGAGCCCUUACGGUGACCCACAAUGGGUCUGGCCAUAAGAUAAUUUCAGCUGGAGAGGCACCUGCAUUGUUGCGAGCACUGGGGCUGUCCGCCCUUGGCAA